GCGUGUGGAGAUCCAUCACCUCUGAUUAGAAAAACUCAAGCAACCAACAAGUCAUCCAGGUGAUCAAAAGCCCACUUCAAGUGCUGAGGGCAACAUGGACACACAGUUUCUCUACGACCUUUUAGGGGAAAAUGCUUGGUGGUACAUCUGUUCUUCCUUCGUGGUGCUGUGGGUUCUGGUGUGGCUGUACAGAGACAGCCUUGAGAUUGAGAACAUCACCGACAAGUACGUUUUUGUGACCGGCUGCGACUCUGGGUUUGGGAACCUCCUUUGUAGAAAGCUUGACCGUAAAGGUUUCCGCGUGCUGGCCGGCUGCCUCACGGAAAAAGGAGCCGAUGAUUUAAAACGAGUGGCGGGGCCGUAUUUGAAGACUGUGCUGCUCGAUGUAACCAGUCACGACAGCAUUCAAAAAGCUAUGGAGUGGACCAAGCAGGAGGUUGGCGAUAAAGGACUCUGGGGCAUCGUCAACAAUGCUGGUCGCUCGUUACCCAUGGGUCCUUCUGAGUGGAUGAGAGUAGAGGACUUCCACAGCACGCUCAAAGUCAACAUGAACGGAGUGAUCGGCAUGACAAUGACGUUUCUGCCCCUCGUCAAGAAGGCUCGCGGACGCAUCGUGAAUGUGGCGUCGGUGCUGGGUAGGGUGGCGGCAAAUGGUGGCGGAUACUGCAUCUCCAAGUUCGCUGUAGAGAGUUUUUCAGACUGCCUCAGGAGAGACAUCAGCUACUUUGGGAUCAACGUGUGCAUCAUUGAGCCUGGCUUUUUCAAGACAGCAGUGACCAGCCUGGACCCGAUAGAGAGGGAGCUGCACCGCCUGUGGAACCAGCUCACUCCUGAAGUACAAGCCAGCUACGGAGACAAGUACCUAGAUAAGUAUAUUAAGAUCCAACGUUUGAUCAUGAAUGCCGUCUGUGACUCGGACCUCAGCAAGGUGACCAACUGCAUGGAGCACGCUCUGACCGCCGCUUACCCCCGUACCCGAUACAGUGCCGGCUGGGAUGCCAAGCUCCUCUGGAUCCCCCUCUCUUACAUGCCUUCCUGUGUAGUUGACAUUGGACUGAGGCUGGUGCUGCCACGUCCUUCAAAGAGUGUGUGAUUCGCUGGCUUCAAAGAGA